AUGAAGUUCAUCAGCGCCCUCUAUCUCUCCAUCUGCAUUCUUUCCCCUUCCUUCUCCGCUCUUGGCUCAACUAUCAAGCGUGACUCGAUCGUUACUCAGCGCGCGAGUAACCCUUCACUAGAUUGUAUUGGGGCGGAGAAAUACCUUGGCAUAAACAACAACGUAUACAGUGCAGCUUGUAACGAACUCGCCGAGUCUUGCUUGUCUGCCUCCAACUCCGGGACGACAGCACUUUGGAGUGUGAAGAGCUGUGUGGCUGCUCAGACCUGUGACCCUAAAACGGUGUUUGUCGCGCAAUGCCAGAAUAGUGCUGUUGCGAACGCGACUGACAUCCCGCACUUGGACUACAAUAUCUACGCUGGCAUUGUUGGCGACUGCGCUUGGGCCGAGGGUGGUUGUCCUAUCACCCAACAGAACUAUAUCGAUCUGAUAUACAGCGCAUUGAGUGACAUCGGGUCGACCAUUUGGCCGAGCUCGGCCGAAGAUGUGGUCAACGACUGGUGGACUCCCAUUCUCGACUGGACGGCCACAGGAACCACUAUUCCGUACACGAACUUCGAUGAUUGGCUGCAUUAUGAUGCAUACUCUGUAUAA